AUGAAGGGUGUUGGUAAAGAAAUGAGCAAGUACCUUAAUGACUUUCAGUUUGGGGUCGGCGUGUCGGGUGGCGCUGAGGCCAUUUUACACAGUGUCAACAGGGUUCUAAGUGAAUGUCACACUGAUGGGUCUCUUGCAAUGCUUACUGUAGAUUUUUCUAAUGCUUUUAACCAGGUGGAUAGAUCAGCCUUACUUCGUGAGGUCAGGAUGAGGUGCCCUUCUAUUUCUUUGUGGGUUGAAUUUCUAUAUGGGCAGCCAACAAGAUUGUAUCUUGGAGAUCGACACAUUUGGUCUACCACGGGAGUUCAGCAAGGGGACCCAUUGGGACCACUUCUUUUCGCUCUUGUUUUACACCCCCUUGUGCAUCAGAUUAGAGACAAAUGCAAGCUUCUCCUUCAUGCUUGGUAUCUUGAUGAUGGGACUAUCAUUGGGGGUUCAGAAGAGGUGGCUAGAGUGUUGGACAUCAUUAAGGUGACGGGUCCAACAUUGGGUCUUGAACUCAAUAUUAAGAAAACUAAGCUAUUUUGGUCUUCUUGUGAUGGUAGCAAGUUUCGUGAAGGGUUAUUUUCUAAGGACAUCGGGAGGCCAUUAGUCGGGGUGAAGCUUCUUGGGGGGGCCGUUAGUAGAGACGCAAGCUUUAUUAGUGGGUUGGCAAAAAAAAGAGCUGCUAAGGCGGUAGAUUUGAUGCGUCUUCUACCCAAAUUAGGUGACCCACAAAGCGAACUACUCUUGCUUCGAUCCUGUAUGGGCAUUGCCAAGCUUUUCUUUGGCUUGAGGACAUGCCAACCUGUACAUAUGGAAGAUGCAGCGUUGUUCUUUGACAAAGGUUUGCGUGAGGCGAUUGAGGAAUUGGUAGUUUGUGGAGGUCCUUUCUUUGGAGACCUCUAG